AUUUACAAAAUUGUCCGCAACAAGAUCUGAAUGUUCGUAUACACUGUAUAGUUGUAUACCAACUCAAUUGUCUGAUCCAAUUUCACUCAUUGUAAAUUAACCCUACCAAACACACCCUUAGGGUUUCAGAUCUCUCUACAUGUAUUUGUCGAAAUGAAUAUCAUUCUGUAAUUAGCCAUAACUCUCUGUCUCAGAUUUGCUUUUCGUAAACCCCUGCGAAGAAAGAUCUGUGUGUCGUAGCACCAAACGCAGAUGAAGGCAUGGUCUGUCUGAGAGGAAUGAUAGAAGUAACCACGAAAAGGUGGACCUAUGAUCAUGGAAUGGUACAUUAUGGUGAAUUUUGCUUCUUAUGGGUCUUCUGGGUUUGCUUGUAAGAAGAAACUCCGAAAAUCCGACUCACUGAAGACCAAAGCUUUCAAAAUCAUCACAGGUUCUGAGUAAAGGCUCAGCAACAUAAGUUUUUUGGAGGUCCUGUUGCAGUAUCUUAUCUAUGUUUGGAGGUCCUGUUGCAGUACCUACCAAUAGUCCACAUCUACGAAAGUCUGGAAGCAGACCUGUUGUCUUUGAUUUUGGUUCAAGCGAAGCUGGAAAUAGUGCUGAAGAGAGUAUUUUGCAUUCAAUGGAUGGAAAUGAAAUGAAGAGUGUGAGCACAACAUUGAGCAGCACUGCAAUGAUGCCAUCCCCUGUUUUUCUCUGGAGAUUUAAGGUACUGUUGUUUUUCAUCUGGGGUUUCAGUUGCUGCAAGAUUGGAUGGGAUUCGGUUAUGAGAAUGAGUGUAGACUUGCGGGAUCUGUUUCUAUACGAGGCAUUUUUGUAUUAUAAUCCUCUUCUUCUUGGGACUAUGAUGGUUUGGCUUUGGGGGGUAAAUCUAUGGGUCUUUGCUCAGACUAAUAUUAGUUAUGCUAAAAUUUUUGACCUUGAUCAAAAUUACCUCACUCAUCGAGAUAUAUGGAAGUGUGCCACCUGGAUGACAAUCAUUGUUCCAACUAGCAUGACUGCAUAUCUUUAUCUUUAUUCUCACGGAGAAGUUUCAUUGGCUGCAUUCCAACCAGUACUCUUAUAUGCUGUUGUUGUAAUGUUACUGAUUUUCCCCUUCGAUAUUUUCUACUUGUCAUCUCGCUACUUCUUCUUGAGGACUCUUUGGCGGAUUAUGUUCCCACUCCAGGCAAUAUCAUUUGCUGACUUUUUCUUGGCUGAUAUUUUGACCUCUAUGUCUAAGGUGCUCUCAGAUUUGGAACGGUCAGUAUGUCGAAUGGUUCAUCGACAGGUUGCCACAAUUGCUUGGUUUGAAGCUGAUUCUGUUUGUGGCAGUCACGCCGUUGCAAUUCCUGUAGUUCUUGUUAUGCCUUAUCUUUUUCGUCUUUUCCAAUGUCUUCGACAAUACAAGGAUACCAGGGAAAAAACUACUCUAUUUAAUGCUUUAAAAUAUUCGACUGCAGUACCAGUGAUUUUUCUUUCAGCCCUUAAAUACCAUGUCAUCCCUGAUAGGUGGACAAACAUUUAUCGGCCUUUGUGGCUUCUCUCGAGUGUCUUGAACUCUUUGUACUCUUUCUACUGGGAUGUGACACGAGAUUGGGAUUUGAGUGGCUUCACUCGGAUUUUUAAGUUCAGCAAGCCUGAUCUCCUCUCACACAUGCUAUAUGGACGGAAAUGGGUUUAUUUUUGGGUAAUAGGAAGCAACUUGAUCCUGCGAUGCACGUGGACGUACAAGCUGUCCGCCCAUCUCCGCCAUAACUACCUUACGGUGUUUGCUAUAACUGCCUUGGAGAUGCUCCGCCGCUUCCAAUGGGUCUUUUUCCGUGUAGAGAAGGAGUGGAAUAAAAUGAACUCCAAAUCGAACGUUCAGCUGAGUGACAUGUCGAAUGAGGAAGAAAAUUUGCUGAACAACAAUGGCCACAGUGUAUAGAUUACCAAACAGUACCAUUCCUUCAUUUGAGGUUCAUUCUUUAUAUUUGUCCAUUGGGUUAACAACCCAUAUAUCGGUCGAUGAUCUUUUUACCAUUCUGUUAUCAUUGAUUUUGUCAGAAUAGGUUGAACGAUGGUUAUAAUAUCCAUUCAUACAUAACAUAGAUACCCAAUUCAGUUAAUUUGGAUGUUAUAUUAAAUUUUCCUCUUUCUUAUGAA